CUCAUUAUAAGUAUACGCAGAUGGUAAAUCAUCUUUAAAAACUAAGGUUUAUUCAGAAGUAGCUGUCCUUUUUGAGCAUCAUAUUAAUUGAGAGAUAAUGAAUCUCACUAAGUAAUUUUAGAGUACAGCUACCCUUUACUAAAAGUGAUAGGGUGAACUCCUUGGAGGAAGGCAGGGUUGCUGUUAUGUAUUUUAGGAAUUGCAGAAGGGGCUGGUAGUGAGAUUCCUCCUUUUCCCACUCUCGGUCAAAGAACAAAUUUUCCCUAUUUACAAAACCACUUCUGCAAUCUUUCACCUUUGCCCUUGGUGAUGCAGAAUUUCAAGAUGUUACUUUUUAUAUACUCCAUCCCACAGAAGCCCCAGCCAAUAUUUCUAAUCACCUUGCCAGCUGGAUUCUGAGGAUUGUAGUACAAAAACGUAACAUUUCCAAACUGCUAUUUCUGUGUUGUGGAGCUGUCAUAGUAAUGUAGAGUUAAUUGUAACUAUGCAGCAUUCCCACCUUUUGAAGACUAGUUCUGGGGAGUAAUAUUCUCUAUAUAAUUUUGUCUGUUCUUCAUUCAAGUAGGUCUGUAUGCAGAAGAAGACUUUAUCUUGUAUAAAAUUAAUAAACAAAUUAAAACGUGGAACACUUCAUGCACAAAAGCCACUAAAUGUUAUAUUCUGGCCUCAGCUCUUUAAGCUCCAGAAUGAGGAUGGUUUUUGGCAGCUAACAGCAGAGCUAGGGAAUCUUUUGGAUAUUGAUGUCGAUCUUUUAAUCAAUGUAACACUGGCCAAAAAGGGGAUUCAGUCUCUAGGGCCAAAGGGAAAGGAGAAGCUGUUGCAGUUGAUUGCCACACUUCUGGUGCUGCAAGCUGUGCGUUUCAAGCAAUUAGAAGGUCUCAUCUUCAAAUCUCUAACAAAACUUAAUGACUCUCCUUUAUCAUGGGCAUCUGAUCCAGUAAAGAAAGCUAUUGCUUGGACAAGAAAAACUGAGCGAGAAUUUCCAGCUAUUUGCCAGCGGCUUGAACUUGGGAAAGACUGGGAUUCUGCCACUAAAAAAAUAUUGGGUAUUGAUGUAACUGAGGCUGUGACCUCCCCUCUCUACUCUAAUGUUUAAUAUCAAGUUUUGACUAGUGAGAACCUGGCACCAUUAUCUGUUUCCACAUACACGGUCACAAAUGUGCAAAUUUUCACUGAUUUAAUUGUUUCUCUUCAUAUCUAUAUAUUCUCAUAUCGCUUUGAUAAUUGUAACAGUAACUAAAAUAUUAUUAUGAUUGUUUUAAUGGCUUUAUUAUUUAAACAUUCAAUUAAGUUAGCUGCCUUGAGUGUUGUUUUUAAGUGGGAAAUGUAAUAAAAGGCAAUAAACAAAUAAAAAUAUUCCAGAUUCUAGGCAGGAAUAAAGAAAUGUAUGAACCAGUAUAGUCUAGAAAUAGUCUGAAUGGUAGUAUCUCUUGAUUCUCUCAACAAGAAAUACAGCAGUAUCAUUCAUCUCCAGUAAAUAUUCAACCUAAUAACCUUGGUCUCUUUUGACAUGCUAAUGAACCUGGCUGAUUUUCUUUUUGCUUAUGGGCUGUGUGGUUUUUGAAAAUACACAUUUCUGCCCAAACAUCUGAUUCAAUAAAAGUGUCUGAAUAUA